CCAUCCACCUAUCCAGCGUCGCCGUUGGCCGUUAGUUUCGUUUUUCGUAGCUGGCUCACAGAACACCUGUACUGUUUUUUUAAAAUUGGUUCUUUAUUCGUCUGCCCGGUUGUACGCCUGCCGUCCUCUUCCUGCUGCCCGCGUCCGCGAAAGUUUUGUUGUAGUAUAUCGCAGAAGAGUGCAGCUUUGACGCACUCUACUUUCUGGACGGCAUCAUAAAAUACCAGACAGUACCAGCUGUCAUUUGUGUUAGCUCGGUGCAAACACCAUGUCCCGGAAAAGCGCAGCAUCUGGAGGCUACAAGCGCAAGCUCAGCGGCAAGCCCGAGCCGAGCGAAGAACAGAAAAAUGACAUCAACGCCGCAUUCAAUUUAUUUGACCCCAGUGGCAGUGGUCUCAUGGAAGCGAAAGACUUGAAGUUCGCAAUGCGUGCACUGGGCUUCGAGCCUAGAAAAGAAGAGGUGAAGAAGCUGCUUGCAGAGAUAGACAAGCAAGAGACUGGCAAAAUAGCUCGAGAAGACUUCAUGAAUGUAAUGGCCACAAGAUUGGCAGAGAAGGACAUCAAUGAAGAAAUUAUGAAAGCUUUCCAGUUGUUUGAUGAAGACAACACAGGCAAGAUUUCCUUUAAGAACCUCAAGAGUGUUGCAAAACAGCUCUCCGAGAAUCUGUCAGAUGAAGAACUGAAGGAAAUGAUAAACGAGGCUGACAGAGAUGGAGAUGGUGAAGUUAACCAGGAGGAGUUUCUUCGAAUCAUGAAGAAAACUUGCUUAUAUUGAACAUAAUCUGUGUUUCUUAUGCUACGGUUGACCAUCGAUGGCACAAAAUAUUUGUAAAAUUGGAGCAUCUGCUAACACGAAGCCCAGCUGAGUGACUGCUGAGUGAGUGAAUGAAGCAUUAUCAAAGUGGUAGCCUAAAAAUGUGAAAGAAUAAAGCCACACAGGGUAAGCACUGCCUUGUGUGGUUCUUUUCUAUGCGCCUUUUUUUUAAAAUCAUAUUAUUUAUUUCCACCUUGAAGGCAUUAAAUAAAAGGAGACAUUUACUAAAACUUCAAUAGCCAAAAAGAAGCAGAAGUAGAAUAUAAUUUACCAAUCUAAUAAAUGUACAGAACUAUUGCAAAAAAAUAUAUUGCAUAUUGGGUGAAUAGUACUAUAAUUAACCCAAACAGAAAGGCAUACAGCAAAAUUGUACAGUGUACUUGUACAUAUUUUGAGGCACAAGGCCAAUUCAAAGGCAUUCCAUAGACUGAUGCACAGUGCAUUGCUGUGUGAAAUGAUUCAAUAGCAUUUCUUGAAGUUUGUCGUGGUUUCUACAUAUGUGACUGUAUUGAUAGGAGGACGAGUUGCAGUUGCAUUUGAGAAAGGAAUUACUCAUUGCUGAAGUGUGAUGAAAGCAGAUGUUUAGAACAUUGGCUUUAACUGUUACCUGGCAUGUGGGUGAAACAGAUAGUACAUCAGACAUAAAUGCAAUAUAAAACUGCUUGAUCCAAGUUGUAACAGUAAGCUUAGUUCUGAUUUUAGACAAGUGAUGCUUGAAUCGUUCAAAGUGCUAAAACAUGCAACGGUAUGGGUUUUCAAGAUUAUGGGUAACAUAGAAUGAAAGCUAUCACAUUUGUCUCUGUGUAUGAUAUACUGCAUCACUGAAGGAAACAGAGUAGGGCAAUAUCUUGCAAAAAAUCUAUUCUUUGUUUGUUAGAGAUUUGGAAUCUUGAGUCUUUCCUGAACAAUGCUGACUGUGUCAUUUACGUGUGCGUGAUUUAUUUCCCCAGAAAAUGACCUUUUCCAAAACCUAUGCUCCAUCUCAGGAGUACCUUGCAGCACUGUGAAAGCUGCAGGGCUCGUUAGCCAAUGGGAAAGGUGAAAGCCCCCCAAAAUGUGUUCAUCCGCACCGUGCCAUCUUCUCGGCGUCUCUUUUGCAUCUGCUCGCCUGCUUUGUUGGUACUUGCUCCUCGCAGUUAACCUAGCUUGUUUAUUAUGCCUGAAAAUGUAAGUAAACCAUAAGGCUAAACCCCCCCCUCAAGCAAGAUAAAGUGUGGCUAUAGUAACGUGAAGUAUAUUACAGCAGUUGUGAACCAUGCAUUGUUACAUGCUACAUCUAAAGUCAACACACAUCAAUUAUUGUGCUGACGAAACUUGCGUUAUACUGAAGCCAGACACCUCAAUUUUUGCUUGCCCGGUACAGUUUGUGGGUGUCACAAUGUAUGACAUACUGUGUGUACUGACUUUAAGAACAAUAAAUGAAUACACAAAAUGUUUUUUCAAGUAGAA